AUGGAACUGACACUGACUAGACGGGGCAUUCAGAGUUUUGACGCCUCGACUCUGCUGCACGGGGCGUCUGAUGGCGCUUUCUACGAGGGGGGUGCAUCAAAAAAUCAGCGGCACUUAGCUAUACGGACGUUGGAUUUGUCCCACAACAACAUUACAACCUUUAUCGGUGGGAACUUGUUGGCGGGUUUGGCGGUGUUAAAUCUGUCAAACAAUUCCCUUCAGACGUUCGACGUUGCUUUCCUUCCCAGCUCAUUAACGAGCCUGAACUUGUCGCACAACGCAUUGCGAGGUCUGUGGGGGUUGGCUGCAGCCAGCCCCAAGUUGCAGGAAUUGAAUAUCAGUUUCAAUACUAUCACUAGUCCUAACCUUGGUGAGUUACCAAAAUUUCUGACGACGUUGUCGUGCCAAGGUAAUUUGAUCGAUUCGAUGUGCCCAUUCGUUGGUCUUCAGCAGCUUCAUACUCUUGAUUUGAGUUCUAACCGCGUUGAAGACCCAAAUGAAUUGCCGUAUCUGAAGAGCAUGCGGGGGCUGCGUCACCUUGAGUUGAGGGGGAAUCCUGUCAUGUGCGAACCCAAGGCCGUUCCGAUGCUUUUAGAGGCACUGCCGAGGCUCGCGCGCCUUGACCGAACUCCACUUUCGCAAGCCUCAGGAAAUCAAAUGUUCAAGGUACAUCGCUCUAGGAGCGCAAGGGCAGCUGAAGACCAAUCAACAUCGAAAUCUGCGUGCGACACCUUGUCCAAUUCAUCGGCCACUCGCCGGGCUACGAGCAGGAAUGGACAGGACAUGGAGGUUCGCUGCUUAGAGGCAAGGGUGAAUGAGCUCUUGAGACUUUUGGAGGGUUCUGAGAAAUCGGAACAACAGUUGCGUUAUCAGAAGAAGAUUCUGAGGGAGCAGGUGUCCGCGUGCGCGGGUGUCAUUGAUUCCCAGGCACUGGAGCUGGAGAGGUUGGGAAGGGAGAUAAAUGAACUGAGAGGGGAGGAGGUUUCUCUAAAGGAGCCUGUGGCAGAGCUUGAGCAAACAUUUGUUCAAACCCAUGCCUCUCUCGUUGCCCAUAGACUGAACCAGUCCACUGGUUUUGCUUAA